AUGGUCGUCGAACAUACCAAAGAGAUUGACCACACACCAGCCCAGAGCCAGCACUCGAAGGAGGAUGGCAACGUCACUGUCAUCGAGUGCGAGGCUGAUCUCGCCGGCGAUGAGGGCCUCCAUGAGCUCGGAUACAAGGCCGAACUGCAUCGUACCCGCGGUUUCAGAGAGGUUUUCGCAAUGAGCCUCACCUGCAUGGCUGUUCCUUAUGGAUACGGCACUGCUCUUUAUACCGGCAUCAUCGGUGGUGGGCCAGCUACCCUCAUCUGGGGUUCUGUUAUCGUCACCAUCCUCCAGUGGACAGUCGCCUUCAGCCUCGGCGAACUCGCAUCACGCUGGCCCACCUCGGCCGGUGCAUAUUACUGGACUUUCCAAUUGGCGCCGAAGCGCUUCCGUACCAUUUUUUCCUACAUCAACGGCUGGAUGCUCCUGACGGCGCUCCUCCUGACUACCACGUCGGUUGCUUUCGGCAUGGGCCAGCACAUUAUCGGCACCAUCCAAAUCGUCAGGCCUGACUGGGCGCCCGCAAGCUGGGUCUACAAUCUAGUCGCGUACGCACUCAUCGCCGUGGCGUCAGUGCCUCUUCUGAUGCCACCACGUUUCCUCACCAUCCUUGAACAGACCAACGUGGUCAUGAUCUGGGUGUACAAGCUCGCUCACAUCAUCGUUCUUUCUGUCCGCGCAAAGGCCGGACGCCGCUCUGCCAAGUACGCGUUCACGCACUACGACCCCAGCUUCUCUGGAUGGGGUCAGGUUUGGACGUUCUUCAUCGGCUUCCUCCCAGCCGCCUACGCCAACGCCGCUCCCGGCUUCGUUGUCGCGAUGAUCGAAGAGACGCACAAUCCUGAGAUCAAUGUCCCCCGCGCCAUGUCGUACACCAUGAUGCCCGCCUCCCUCAUCCUCGCAUGGGGAUUCCUCCUCCCGCUCACCUUCACGAUGCCCCCCAGCGAGGUACUCCUCGAGGCCCCCGGUGGUAUCAUCCUCCCAUACGCAUACAAGCUCAUUGUGGGCAAUGACGCUGGUGCGAUCCUCCUCAUGGUCGGCAUGCUGUAUAUGGGCUUCAACUGUCUCGUCGGCAUCAACACCACCGCAUCGCGUCAGCUCUGGUCCUUCUCCCGCGACCACGCUGUGCCCGGAUCCGCUGUGUGGUCUCGCGUGAACAAGAGCGGCAACGUGCCUUACGCUGUUGCACUGUGUCUCUUGGUUCAGUGCCUCCUCUGCCUCAUCAACCUGGGAAGCUCGGUCGCGUUCAACUCAUUCGUCAGCACGGCCGUAAAUGCUUUUGCUGCGUCAUACAUGCUCCCAGUGCUCCUCAGCGUGCUCGAGAAGCGCCGCAGCAUCGCUGGCGCCCCAUUCACCCGCCACGUCGUCGGGUGGAUCUGCAACAUCUCAGUAAUCAUUUGGGUCCCCCUCGCCCUGGUCAUCUUCAGCAUGCCCAUCGCGCUGCCAGUCACGCCCGAUACCAUGAACUACGCCAGUGUCGUGUUUGCGGGCUUCAUCACCAUCGCUGCCGUAUGGUACGUCGUCUACGCGCGGCGCGUGUACGAGGGUCCGCCCGAGAGCAUGGGGAUGUAA